AUGUCUAUUAAGUUGGUCAUUGAAGGGUCUACGGUGAACGUUAUUAGUGCCUACACCUCGAAAGUAGGUUUGUACGAGAAAGAGAAGCAGGACUUUUGGGAGGUUUUAGAUGAGGUGGUGAGUAGCAUCCCGAGCACUGAGAUACUUGUCGUGGGAGGGUAUUUCAAUGGGCAUAUCGGGUCUUUGUCGAGAGGUUAUGAUGAUGUACAUGGCAAUUUUAGUUUUGGGGAGCGGAAUGAAGAAGGAGCUUCUUUUUUGAAUUUUUCUAGGGCUUUUAGUUGCAUUAGAGAGACUGCUAGAGAGGGGUCGGGUGCCUCAAGAGGUCGAUCUAGCAAGUAUCGAGGAGACUGGUGGUGGAAUAAAGGGGUUACGAGAAAGGUGGAGUCUAAGAAAGUGGCUUAUACUAAGUUGGUUGAGAUAAAGGAUGAUGAGAAAAGAGAGACGAAUAAGGAGGAGUAUAAGGUAUCUAGAAUAGAGGCAAAGUUAGCAGUUAUGGCGGCUAAGAUAACAGCUUUUGAGAGCUUAUAUGUAGCUUUAGAAGAGAAAGACAAAGAUAAGAAGUUGUAUAGGCUUUCCAAGGCCAGAGAGCAGAGGGCUUGUGACCUUGACCAAGUGAAGUGCAUCAAAGGAGAAGAUGGUACAGUGUUGGUUAAGGAUGCCCUUAUUAGGGAGAAGUUGCAGUCCUAUUUUCAUACACUUUUAAAUGAUGAGGAGGAUAAAAGGUUCGUGUUGGGGGACUUGGAGAAAUCUAAAGAGUGUCGCGAUUGUGGUUAUUGUAGGCGUAUCAAGUUUGAGGAGGUCAAGAGAACUAUUCGCAGGAUGCGGUGGGGUAGGGUGAUAGGGCCAGAUGAGAUUUCAGUGGAUUUUUAG